AUGAAGUUUUCCCACCAGCUUCAAUUCAACGCAGUACCUGAUUGGGCUGACUACUAUGUUCCGUAUUCCAAUCUCAAGAAACUCGUCUACUCCAUCGAAAGGGAUCGUAUCCUUGCUGGCUCUACCAUGGAAGACAUUCCCAAUGAACAAACGGCUCUCUUGGACAAUCAACAUCAUCAUAAUGACAACACCACCAGCCACAAUGAUCGCUUCAUUGCUGCUUUAGACCGUGCCUUGGAUCGCAUUGUCAAUUUCUACUCCAAGAAAGAAACCGAGCUCUAUGAUGCUGUAGACACCUUGCUCAUUGAUCUCGAGGCUCAGGCCACAGCGGUUGCUUCUUCCACUACUACAACUACUACUACACCCGUUGCUGCUGCCCAUAGUGAUCAUCCACCACAAGCCCAUCAAAAUCGCCAACAACAACACAAGCGCACCCAUAGCACCUCCUCCUUGCUUGCAACACAAAACUUGGCAGACCAUGAUCCUGAAGCAACAAGAAUUGAUAUGGGUGCCAUGGAUGAUGAGCGAGAACAAUUACGUCGACAUGCUGUGGAUCUCUUUGUGCAAUUAUCUGAAUUGAAGUCCUUUGUAUCCUUAAAUGCCACGGCGUUUGCCAAGAUUCUCAAAAAGUAUGACAAGAUUACGGGCAGCGAACUCAAGCGUUACUAUACAAGCAACUACGUCACCAAGGCAUAUCCAUUUCGUACAGCCACCAAGCAAAAGCUCAAUGCCACUAUCCAACGCAUUGAACAUGGCUAUGCCGCUUUGACUCACCAAGAUGACACCGUUGAAGAUGCAGUGCGUGAAUUGAAGGCUCAUUUGCGUGAUCGUAUCGUUUGGGAGCGUAAUACCAUUUGGCGAGAUAUGAUCGGUCAAGAACGCAAGGUUCAAAACAUGGGCAAUGUCGCUGAACGAAAGCUUGUUCAUACCCCUUUUGGUGAUUUGGAUCGCUCUACUCUUUCUCAACUCGCAUGGCUCGUUGCAUGUCUCGUGGUCUUCUUCAUUCUCCUCAAAACAGAACUCUUUGCUGACAUUGAGCAGAAUCGAUGCUUUGCUAUUCUCAUUUUUGCAAGCAUGUUGUGGGCUACAGAGGUGAUGCCGCUAUUUGCUACAGCAAUGAUCAUCCCUCUCUUGGUGGUGGUGCUUGGCGUGAUGCGAUCGGCGGAUGAUGGUCAUGAACGUCUUAGUGCGCCUGAAGCAGCCAAAGUGGUAUUCUCCGGCAUGUUUUCAUCCGUGAUCAUGCUUCUUUUGGGUGGAUUUGCCAUUGCAGGAUCACUUAGCAAGUUUGGAAUUGCAAAGUCAAUGGCAACAUUUGUAUUGUCUCGAGCGGGUACCCGACCCAGUCGCGUGUUGCUUGUCAAUAUGUUUGUGGCCACAGUGACCAGCAUGUGGAUCAGUAAUGUGGCGGCGCCCGUGCUUUGCUUUUCAUUGAUUCAGCCCAUUCUACGCACCCUCCCUGUUGAUUCGUCCUUUGGGUCAUGUUUGAUUAUUGGCAUUGCCCUUGCAUCCAAUCUUGGUGGACUUGCAUCACCUAUUUCAUCGCCCCAAAAUAUCAUUGCCAUUCAAAACAUGGAUCCUGCACCAUCCUGGGGACAAUGGUUCCUUAUCUCCAUUCCAGUAUCGAUUAUUGGCAACAUGAUCAUUUGGCUAUGGCUGCUUUUUAGUUAUCGACCUGAAAAGAAUACCUCCCAAAUCCAUACCAUCCGUGCAUCUCAAGAUCCUAUCACCGGCACACAAAUCUUUGUCAUGCUUGUCACGGUCGUCACGAUCGCUUUAUGGUGUGUCGCUCAUUCACUCGAAGGCAUGCUUGGUGAUAUGGGUAUCAUUGCCAUCAUUCCAUUGGUGGCAUUCUUUGGCACUGGUUUGCUUACCAAGGACGACUUUAACCAUUUCUUGUGGACCGUUAUUAUGUUGGCUAUGGGUGGCACUGUGCUUGGCAAGGCUGUUGAGAGCUCUGGAUUGUUGCGCACCAUUGCUACAAGCAUUCAACAUAUGGUCACUGGUUUCUCCACCUUUGAAGUGCUCAUUGUCUUUAGUCUUUUGGUCGUUGUGAUUGCCACCUUUAUCAGCCACACAGUGGCAGCUCUUAUUAUCUUGCCCAUUGUUGCCGAAGUCGGUGCUGAAAUGACUGAUCCCCACCCUCGUUUAUUGGUCAUGGGCACCGUAUUCAUCUGCUCCAUUGCCAUGGGACUACCCGUUUCUGGUUUCCCCAACAUGAAUGCUGUCUCACAAGAAAAUGAGCUUGGCAAGCCAUACUUGAGCACUAAGGACUUUUUACGCAAUGGCGUUCCUUGCAGCUUGCUUUGCUUGCUAUGUGUCACCUCCAUUGGUUAUGGCUUGAUGAACCUCGCUGGUUUCUAA